AUGAAUUUGUUGGUAUUCGGAUACGGUAGUCUGUUAUACAAACCAGUUCCACACUACAUUGGUCGCUAUCCCGGAUACAUCAAAGGCUUUGCUAGACGUUUCGCGCAAUCGAGCAACGACCAUAGAGGUACACCAGCCAGCCCCGGACGUGUUGCUACCAUUAUACACAGCGACGAAUGGCAAGACUACGCUAAAAGUCACCCGUGUGGUGCCCAGGAUGCUUUCCCAGAGGACGAUCAAGUCUGGGGUGUCGUAUACGAAAUCGCACAGGAGCAUUCAUUCGCCGUCAAAGCAUAUCUCGAUCACCGUGAAAAGAACGGAUACGCAGAAGAGCGUCUAGAUGUAUACGGCCCUGAUAAUAAGAUCAAAUUCAGGGACGUACUUAUCUACGUCGGAAGAUUAGAUAACCCGGCAUUCGUCGGUCCUGAACCACUCAAAGAACUUGCUAUGAGGAUAGCGACACACGCAGGACCGAGUGGAACAAACAAAGACUACCUCUAUCAACUCGCAGAACACGUGAGGCUUAUCUGCCCGGAGAGUACAGAUCAUUACCUUGAGACACUCACCGCAAAGGUGAAAGAAUUCGAGCAGGCAGCCAUUAUUGAUCAACUCAGGAGAUCCAAAGCAACCGAUGUCACACUAACUAAGGCUUAG